UGUGAAAAGGCACGGAGGCUGCCCCGUGGACCUCUUAGACAAUCAUCUCUUAAGUGCAAAUCUGACAUUAAUAAGUCAAAAUGAUAAACUUUAAAAUUAUUUAUAUAUAGAUUUUUUUUAAAAAUAUAUUAAUGGCAUUAAGGGAGUAUGGGAGAUGAGCCGGCUGCAUUAAAUUAGACAACCACCGGCACAGCUUUGGCUCUCAUGAAAGUUUCAGCCGCCUGCUAAUAGCAAACUUCGGCAGGAGAUCAGGCAGGGUCGGCCUCCGGGAGUAAAUAAAAAUAAUCGCCCGCGGUCGGGUUCAGAAACAACGGUGCGAGAUCGGGGGGAAAAAAAUUGCUGAUGUCUCGGCGUAGCGAAAUGGUUGGAUGGAGAGGAGCUGCUGCGCGUUGAGUGGAGGGAGACGGCGAGAGAGAUGGAGGCGGGGGGAAGGACCAUCUCUGCGGGGACUGGAGCCCAGGACCGACGGCGCAGUGCUGGCUAUCGUUCAACCCUCCCCUUCUUCCUCCACAACGACGCCGAGGCUCACGCCGAGGAACAGAUAGGAGACAGUACAUCCACAAAUGAAUGGAGAAAUGGAGGCAACCACCCAAGACCAAGUUUGGGCACAGGAUGACCUCUUAAAAUUGCUGGAGUCCAUGAAAGUGGCCCUGCCUCAGAAAGACCUGACUAAAUACAAAACAUCAGAGUCCCACCUUGACUGGCAGAAGGUGGCCUUCAAUUCCUACACGGCAGAGAUGUGUAAGCAGAAGUGGCAGGAGGUCUCUAAAGAGAUUCGUAAAUUCAGGACUCUAACAGAACUGAUAAUUGAUGCUCAAGACUACAUCAAGAACCCUUACAAGGGCAAGAAAAUAAAGAAACACCCCGAUUUCCCCAAGAAGCCUUUGACUCCAUACUUCCGCUUCUUCAUGGAAAAGAGGGCCAAAUACGCAAAGUUGCAUCCAGAAAUGAGCAACCUAGAUCUAACUAAGAUCCUCUCCAAGAAGUACAGGGAGCUGCCCGACAAAAAGAAGAAAAAAUAUGUAGACGACUUCUUAAGAGACAAAGAAGCGUUUGUGCAAAGUAUGAUGAAGUUCAGGGAGGAACACCCAGACCUUGUGGAGAGCAUGACCAAGAAAGGUUCAAACGUGCCAGAGAAGCCCAAGACACCCCAACAGCUCUGGUACAACCAUGAAAAGAAGGCCUUCCUCAAAGUACACCCAGAUGCGACCACCAAAGACAUUAAGGAAAGUCUUGGCAAACAGUGGACGCAGCUGUCUGACAAAAAAAGACUCAAGUGGAUCACAAAGUCCCUGGAGCAGCAGAAACAGUACGAGGAGACAAUGCGGGAGUACAUUCAGCAGCACCCGGAGUUAAACAUGACCCAGGGGGAUAUCGUAAAGUCCACCCUGACCAAGGCCGAGAGGCACCUGAAGGACAAAUCUGACGGCCGACCUGACAAACCGCCGCCAAACGGUUACUCGAUGUUCUGCGCGGAGUUGAUGUCAAGCAUGAAGGAUGUACCCAGCACUGAGCGUAUGGUGAUGUGUAGCCAGCGGUGGAAGCUGCUGAAACAGAAUGAGAAGGACAGCUAUCAGAAACGCUGUGAACAGAGAAAGAAAGAGUAUGAAAUUGAGAUGAACAGAUUUCUCAGCAGUUUGUCAGUGGAGGAGCAGCAGCGGGUCUUGGGCGAGGAUAAGAUAGGUUUUAAGAGGGGCAGUGGUGCCAGCAGUCCUGCCUCCAAAAAGAAAAGCCCUAAAGCAAAGGCCAAUCCAGAGAAACCCAAAAGGCCCAUUUCAGCCAUGUUCAUCUUCUCUGAGGAAAAACGUCCCAAACUGCAGCAGGAGCGACCAGACCUGUCUGACAGUGAACUCACAAGACUGCUGGCACGUAUGUGGAAUGAACUGCCAGAUAAGAAGAAGGAGAAGUAUAAACGCCUUGAAACGGUCCUGAAGGCAGAGUCAGAGAAGAAGGAGAAGGAAGAUCGUAGUCGUCUGCCAGACCCACCCAAGACUGCUCAGGAAAUCUGGCAGCAGAGUGUCAUAGGAGACUACCUGGCCAGAUUUAAGAACGACCGGCCAAAGGCACAGAAAGCAAUGGAAGCAACCUGGAGCACCAUGGAGAAAAAAGAGAAGAUUAUGUGGAUCAAAAAGGCAGCAGAGGAUCAGAAAAGAUAUGAGAGAGACCUGUGUGAGAUGCGCUCACCUGCUGCUGCCAUUGCCUCAGGGAAGAAGAUGAAGUUUGAGGGUGAACCCAAGAAACCACCAUCAAAUGGAUAUCAGAAGUUCUCUCAGGAGAUGCUGUCCAACGGAGAGCUGAAUCACCUCCCGAUGAAAGAGCGGAUGGCUGAGAUCGGCAGCCGCUGGCAGAGGUUACCGCUGAAGGAGAAGGACCGUUACAAGAAGAUCGCAGAGGAAAAGCAGAGGCAGUAUAAAGUCCAACUGGAACAGUGGCUAGCUAGUUUGUCUUCACAAGAGAGAAACACUUACAAAGAAUAUAAUUCACAAAAAAGGAGAACUACGGCAAAACCAGGAGGCCCCAAGGCAAAGUCCAAGAAAUCUGACACAGAGGAGGAGGAGGACGAUGACGACGACGAGGAGGAGGAUGAAGAAGAUGAUGAUGACGACGAGCAGGAAAAGGCUUCCUCUGACGCAGACUCAUCCAGUGAGGAUGAUGAAGACGACGACGAUGAUAAGGAGGAGGAUGACGAUGAAGAUGAUGACGAGGCGGAAGACAAGGAGAACAAGUCAGAAGACAGCAGCAGCGAGUCGAAUUCACCGGGGACGUCAGACUCUGAUUCAGACUGAAACGGGCCGACGUCGUCCUGAGACGAACUGAGCAGCGCUGAGCUGAGCCAAGAGUCCAGGGAGCUCUGCCACUGUGCCAACCCUGCUCUCCUCCCACCACCUGAGGGAGCCCCUGCAUUGCCUCAUCCAUUUCACACUCACCCACUUUAUGUUGCUGCGUUGGUGAUCCGUACUCAUGGAGGGACCCUGCCCUCGUGUCCAAAAUCUGUCUCAUUCCCUUCCCGCUGUGAUGGUCAUCUCGCAGCACGGGCCGCUGACAUUAUGCCAAAAACAGCAUCCCACUGGUUUGGUGAUGUCAUGAACAUUUCUGCAGCUGGUUUCAAUCUCGACGUACAGGUUCAGAGGUUUAAGGUUAGAGUUUUAGUGUCAAGGGUAGUGAGUUACCCUCCGGUGUUUCUUCUAGUCUCCUGGUAGUUAGAUGAACACAGGUGGCAUGAGUUGUGAACAGGCUUCAUGGAGCCAAAGAACACAGUAUGGGGGAUCACUUUAGGGAGGGGGGGUAUGCGGGGCACUGAAAAAUUGCACUCUUCAGAAUGUUUCCUUUAAUUUUUUUUUUUUUUUUUUUCCAGAACAUUGUCGCUUUGUUCUCUGUUCUCAAUUUAUGAUGUAGUUUUUAUCAUUUGGUUCUUAAAGAGGUGGUAUUUUUUCAGGAAAAAAAUCAAGCCAUUAUGAAUGUCUUUUUUUUUUUUUUCGUUGCUGGAAAAUUUCCGAACUUGUUUCUUACCCAUUUUCUCAUUUAAAAGAUGCAGUGCCCAUAAAAUGUUCACCAACCUUUGACUUUUUCAUGUUUUUUGUUUUACAAUGUUGAACCGAACUGGAUGUAAUGAGGCUUGUUUUGACAGAACUCAGCAGAAAAAAACUCCCUAAAGGAAUACUGCAGCAUUUAUUGGAACCUGCUUGCAGGGGUUAUUACUUAUUUUUUGUACUUGACACCCGGCUCUGAUGCAGGAUGUAGUCAAAACUGCUAUUAAUCUUGUUUUUGUGUAAAAUAUCAACCAGUGAUGGGAAAUUUCCAAACUGGCGAUUUGCUGCGAUGUUACAAGGAAAACAAAUGUCCGAACAUGUAUCAGGAUUAAGCCCAAAUAUAGAAACACAAGACAACUGAUGACAUAUGUAUUCACCCUGUUGAUUAUUUGGCAUAAGCACCUUUCACAGCAGUUGCAGACUCGACUCUGUGGAUCUGCUUCGUGCACGUAGACGCAGCAUUUCCCACCAUGUCUUUUUGCUAAAGUCGAGGUGAACAGGGUCCUUGAGUAAAUGCCGGUUUUUGAGUCCUGCCACACCUCGGCUGGAUUCUAAGUCUGGCCUCACUAAUGCACCAACACAACCUGCUCUAAGCAGAUUUACAGCAGUGUGAUAUUCUUAAGGUUUUUUGUUUUGUUUUUUUUGUUUUUUUAAUGGUUGACCAUACUGUUGCCUGCAGGCGAUUCCGUCCUUUGAAUUAUAGGUUUAAGUAAAUUUCUUGCAGUUUGUUCAAAAUGUUCAUUUAUCUUUACAGUGUAGUUUUUAUUAGGAAGUUAACUAACAAGCUGGUGGAGCUUCCAGGCACAGGUGUACUUACUGGUCUAGUCAAUGCUCAUGCAUUUUAUAUUAACACCUAAUUUAGAUGACUAUAUAAAGAUUGUUUUCACUUCAACAUUAAAGGGUCAUUUUUGUCAAAUAAGCCUUUUUACAUCCACUGUGCUUCGGUUUUGAAAAGCUAAGAGGUCCAGUGGUGGUGGAACAGUUUUUAUAGGCACUGCAGGAUCCAUCGCCAUGUGUCUGUCAUCGAAAGGUGUCAUUUUUCAAAAAUGAACGGACAUGUCUCGUAGUACAUAAAUUCAUCAGCCUGAAACAAUCUUGUUUGACUCAGUUGAUUGAGUUUGUCCUGGUCUGACAGUGACAAACUGUGUUUGUUGUUUGCAGUUUGUCGCUGAGGAGGUUAACACUUGUUUUCCACAUUUAGAGCUCAGUCUGCCUGUGUUUUUAAGGAGUAUGUCGUACAGUUGGAGUUUGUUUCGUCUCUAAACCGUUGUUUUACAUUUCAUUUACGGUUUAUUUGAAUUGUUAGAGUUGUUUUAAUUGUGAGCUGUUGCGUUCUGACCCAUCUGGAAUCAUUUGUGGCUGUUGAGCCACACGGUUUCGCCUAGUUUUCUUUUGAAAUUUUAAUGGUAUUGACUGUAAUCCACCCGGGUUUUAGUCUGAUGCUUAUCCCAAAAAAAAGUGUGCACUUAAUGUAAAUCUGUCCCUCUGUGUGAGUUUGUGUGCAUGCAUGCACAGAACUAUGUAUAUAUGAGGGCGUAUGUGUGUUUCUUUGCUUUAAUGUGUGCUGUUGUUGCUGUUUUGUUGCAUACCAUGAUGUGACUGCAGCGUGCAUGUAUGUGCCUGUGUGGGGACAUCAUACCAACACCAUGAAUGUAGAUACUGUUAAAUCUUUCAAUAUUUUUUUCCUCUCCAAAGGUCUUUAGUAAUUCUUUUGCUCUGCGCUGUCAUGUCAUUUGCUACCUGAAAACGAACUAAUGACAAGACUUCCAUGACUGUCAUUUUGGGUCUAGAGACAGAUGAAUACAUGGCAACUAUUAAUAAUCUGUUAGUAAUGGACUGAUUUUGACCAUUAUGAAUUUCAUCACAGACUGAAACAAAAACCAGCGUGGACUAUUUAAAUAACUUGGGGAGGGAAAAGGAAAGUGAUUGCUGAUAUUGAUUGAUGGGAGUUUGUAAAAGGGAUUUGGGGGAACUGAGUUGCCAGUGGAAUUGGGGUAAAACAAAAAACAAAAAAACUUGUAAUUUUUUUGUAAAUACUGUUUUUGUAUUGAGUGCUUAUUGUUUUGUUAGUACUUUAAUUUGGCAAACCCUCAUCUGUGACUUCUAGGCCAGUGAGCCUUUCACUCUCGGGGGAGAAUUUUUGGUUUAAUUCACCUGUUUUAGUUGUUUCUUCUCUCCCUUAUGUUGGUUUAUAGAGAUAUCUAAGACAGCAAAGCUUUACAAGUUUGUACUGCUGAUCAUUUGACAAAAUUUGAUGUUUUCUAUAGCUGAGGGUGUUCUUAUGUCCUUGUAGUUCAAGUAUUUGGGCAAAUAAAAAAAAAAAAAAGAUCUUUAA